GCAUCUUUGUUCUGGCCUUCACUCAUAUGACAUGAUAGAUAUAUUUACACAUAUCGGUUAACAGAGACACUGAACGUCACCUCGGAAAGUGUCUAAAAAGAUUUCGGGUCAGUGCCUGCUGCCUCCCACACUGAAGGACUGAAGCAUGUACCCAUUCGGAGGGGUCUCAGCGCGCAUCCAGAGGGAGAGACUACACGCCGAGGGAAUGGGAACCAACGAGCAGGCGCUGAAGUUCCUCAACCAGGACUACGAGGCCUUGAAGCAGGAGUGCCUGGAGAGCGGCUGCCUGUUCGAGGACUCCUGCUUCCCCCCCGAGCCACCCUCCCUGGGCUUCAAAGAGCUGGCCCCCCACUCAUCCAAAACCCAGGGCGUGGAGUGGAUGAGGCCCACAGAAUUUUCAGAUAACCCUGAGUUCAUUUUGGGCGGUGCCACAAGGACUGAUAUCUGUCAAGGAGCACUGGGUGACUGCUGGCUCCUGGCAGCCAUUGCUUCCCUCACCCUUAAUGAGAAGCUGCUACACAGGGUGGUCCCUCAUGGUCAAUCCUUCCAAGACAACUACGCUGGCAUCUUCCACUUCCAGUUCUGGCAGUUUGGAGAGUGGGUGGAUGUUGUCAUUGAUGAUCGACUGCCUGUCAAAGAUGGCGAGCUCAUGUUUGUUCACUCUGCUGAGGGUAACGAGUUCUGGAGUGCCCUGAUUGAGAAGGCUUAUGCCAAACUGAGUGGCUCCUAUGAGGCCUUGUCUGGUGGCAGCACCACAGAGGGCUUUGAGGACUUCACCGGUGGCGUGGCAGAGUUUUACGAGCUACGUAAGGCACCUAAGGAUCUGUACCGGAUCAUCGGUAAAGCCCUGGAGAGAGGCUCCCUUCUGGGCUGCUCCAUUGACAUCACCAGUGCCUUCGACAUGGAGGCAGUGACCUUUAAGAAGCUGGUUAAAGGCCAUGCCUACUCUGUCACAGGUCUGAAGCAGGUGGAUUUCCGGGGUCGCAUGGAGAGGUUGAUCCGUAUUCGUAACCCCUGGGGUCAGGUGGAGUGGACCGGGGCUUGGAGUGAUAAUUCGUCUGAGUGGAAUGCGAUUGAUCCAACAGAGAGGGAGGACAUGAAUUGUCACAUGGAGGACGGGGAGUUCUGGAUGCCCUUCCAGGAGUUCCUGCGCCAGUUUUCCCGGCUGGAGAUCUGUAACCUGACAGCAGAUGCUCUGAGUGAUGACAGCCAGAGUUUCUGGAACACCAUCAAGUUUGACGGAGGCUGGAGGAAGGGCAGCACAGCUGGAGGCUGCCGGAACCACCCAAACACCUUUUGGAUCAAUCCCCAGUAUAAGAUUACCCUGCUGGAGGAGGACGACGACCUUGAGGAUGAAGAGGAGGCCUGCAGCUUCUUGGUGGCUCUCAUGCAGAAGGAUAGGCGCCGCUACCGACGCCAGGGGCAGGACAUGCACACCAUUGGCUUUGCCAUCUAUGAGAUUCCAGAAGAGUUUAAGGGUUGUCAAAGUGUUCAUUUGAAGAAAGACUUCUUCUUGAAGCACUCAUCAUGUGCACGUUCUGAGACCUUUAUCAACCUGAGGGAGGUGAGCGCACGGCUGCGCCUGCCACCCGGGGAGUACCUGGUGGUACCCUCCACCUUCGAACCUGGGAAAGAGGCUGACUUUGUCCUCAGAGUCUUCACUGAGAAGCAGUCGGAGACACAAGAACUGGAUGAUGAUGUGGUGGCAAACUUUGAAGAUGAGGAGGACAUCUCAGAGAGUGACAUUGAGGACUCAUUCAGGGCCAUGUUCGCUCAGUUAUCUGGGGAGGACAUGGAGAUCUCUGUCCGUGAGCUCAGGACCAUUCUCAAUAGGGUCGUGACCAAACACAGGGACCUGAAGACUGAUGGGUUCAGCAUGGAGUCCUGUAGAGGCAUGGUCAGCCUAUUAGACAAAGAUGGCAGCGCUCGCCUUGGUAUAGUUGAGUUUCAGAUUCUGUGGAAUAAGAUCAGGAAGUGGCUGGGAAUCUUCCGCCAGUUUGAUCUGGACAAGUCUGGAUGUAUGAGCUCCUAUGAGAUGCGUCUGGCCUUGGAGUCUGCUGGAUUCAAACUGAACAACAGGCUGAACCAGGUGCUUGUGGCCAGAUACGCUGAAAACGAGGUCAUCGACUUUGAUAACUUUGUCUGCUGUCUGGUCAAGCUAGAAGCCAUGUUCAAGGCCUUCCAGACGUUGGAUAGAGAAGGCGCUGGAACUGCUGAAAUGAAUGUCACAGAGUGGCUGUAUAUGACCAUGUGUGGUUGAAGUGUAUGGUGAUCUAGUAUGCUGUAGAAGAGGACACAUACACACCCAUAGUAGAGGACAACCAUAGCCUCAAAGAGCCUCCAAAGCAUCUCAGUGCACCCAACUAAGGCUUGCAUCAUCUCAAACAAUCCCAAAGAAAAUGCUACUCCCUGCAUUUUAAUAACCACCACAAAUACUUUGCUGCCUCUGCUCAAUAACUUGGCAAUUGCAUUUAAACUGGUCAAUUACACGUGAUGAAAAUGAAAUGCUCUACUAAGGGAGUCGCUGCCUAUAAAUCACUGCACGCAUUAUACAAUUGCAAAGUUUUCAGGGCAUACCGUUAUGCAAAAAAUACAUGUAUUUUUAAAGUUCCAUUCCAAACCUCUUAGGUUUUCCUCUCUUUUGUUUAACCAUCAAAUUCAGAUGUUAGUCUAUCAUAAGAGAUGAUGACAUUAUGUAUUUUUUGCUACCUUUCACGGGAUCUUGGAUUAUAGAAAGUAAGUAGAGCUAUAGGCUGUUAAUGAACUGCAAAUUGUACUGAUGCCUUCGUCUUUAGGAUACCUCAGUACAGUAAACUACAUCAGUUAAAGACAGAAAUAUAACUAAUCUUUUUCUCAAGAUGGCUAUUUUAGUCUAAAAAUUGGCGAGGGUACUUUCAAUUAAAACACUAAAUGUAGGAAAGGGAUUCCUCAAUGUGACAAGGUAAAAAGUAACUUCGAUGCAUAUGCUGAACUGCACAUUUUAAUUCUACGAAUAAUGUCACUGAAUAAAAACUGACUGAUCAUGUA